AUUUUAUUAAGUGAAAUUACCAAUGUACGGGCACUAAAUUCCUUUUUAGAUGUCAUAAAAUGUUUUUGCAGCGAACAAUUCUGAACAUAUUCAACCGUAUUUCGUAAUAUAUUAUAUUAGACUAUGCCAACCUUCUUAUCGCCAAAAUUAUAAUUUUUGCAGAGGAUAGACAUAAGAGAAAAAAGCCCCCGAAUAACCCAUCAAGUAGAUGAGUCAACCUCAAUCUAAUUUAACUGAAACAAAACCAAACUCUUUAAUAAGAAUACAUGAAAAAUCAUAGGUCACCUAGCCUAAUAAUUUUGGGAAGAAAAAAAAUAGUAAUUAGUUAUAAAAAGUUGUUACAAGAUUGGAAAAAAAUAAUAAUAAUGAUGAUAUUGCUCCUAAUGGUAUAAAUAAUAAGAUUUAUAAUAAUCAAAAUAUUAGCUAGAAAAUAUAAUCUAAUAGAUAUUAUAUCGAUGAUCUGAUCACAGCAUUUUAGGAUGAAACAGUGAGUUUUUCUAAAUUAUUUCGAGACAAUUUCGUACAUGCUUUUAAUUUCAUACCUACACUAAAAUCAGUACAAUUUGUUUAAGCUGAAGACAAGGAAAAAUUAGAGAGAAAAAUAAAAUUGGAUCCCUACCCCCAAAAUCUGAAAUGUACAAUAUACUAAUUGAUUUAUAUAGUUAAGAAAACAGUAAUUUUUGAUUUAGAUGAAACAUUGGUUCAUUGCAAUGAAGAUGAGAGUAUGCCAUCUUAAAUUUUAUUGCCUAUCACAUUCCCUACUGGAGAGAAAGUGAAUGCAGGGAUCAAUAUUCGGCCAUUUGCAGAGAAAAUGAUACAAUUAUUGAGUAAUGUUUGCGAAGUGAUGAUCUUUACAGCUUCUCAUGAAUGUUAUGCUAACGAGGUAUCAUUUUCUAUUAAAAAAAGGUUAUUAAUCAUUUGGAUCCCUAAUCGAGAGUAAAAAGACGAAUAUUCAGAGAUAGUUGUGUUACGGAUGAGAAUUCCAUCUAUUAUAUUAAAAACCUAGAGGUAAUCGAUCGAGAUUUGAAGGAUGUUGUGAUAGUGGAUAAUGCAUCAUAUAGUUUUUUGUAUUGUAUUAUGUAAUUUUAGUCAUCACCUUGAGAAUGGGAUCCCAAUAAUAUCGUUUUAUGAUGAUAAACAAGACAAUCAAUUAAUCAAAUUAUAUAGAUUUCUAAUAAACAAGAUUUUGCCCUUGGAUGAUGUUCGACCUUUGCUUAAAGAGUAUUUCAAGUUGGAUUAAAUUGAUCAAUUCUAAACAAUAGUUGAAGCAGUGGAAAAGAUGUAUUGUAUUGAGUGAAG